UACUUCCUUAACUCGACUGCAGGACUCCGCUGGAGUAUAAACAAACCCAGCCUUGGCUUCCAAACCACACAGCAGCAGGAUCAAAGGGGCGGCCACCCUUUCUUUUCCACUAAAAGCUUAUUUUUGUUCGUGAUAACCCUCUUCCGAACAAUGGCUGCUCUCUCUGCCUGGUUUUGGAAUGAAAGAUUCUGGCUUCCUCAGAAUGUUACCUGGGCGGACUUUGCGGACCCAGAACCCGGAGUGGAGUAUCCCAAAGCCGGACACUUGCUCUCCGCUUUACCGCUGGCUUUGGGAAUAUUUGCUGUCAGGCUAUUAUUUGAAAGAUUUGUCGCUCGCCCAUGUGCACACAUCCUGCAGAUCCACACAGAAGUCAGUCGGAUGGCCACGCCCAACGGCGCCCUGGAGAGAGUGUUUACCUGCGUUACUAAGUCUCCAGACUGCAGGCAGGUGGAGGGGCUCUCUAAGCAGCUGGACUGGGACGUGCGUGAGGUGCAGCGAUGGUUUCGCCAUCGACGUAACCAGGACAAGCCCAGCACCCUCACCAAAUACUGCGAGAGCAUGUGGAAGUUUGUAUUUUACCUGUGCAUAUUUACCUAUGGAGUGCACUUUCUGUGGAAGUCACCCUGGACAUGGGACACAAGGCACUGCUGGUACGACUACCCCUAUCAGGGCCUCUCCCCAGGACUGCAUCUGUACUACAUGAUGGAGCUGGCCUUCUACUGCUCCCUGUUCUUCUCCCAGUUCACCGACAUCCGGAGGAAGGACUUCCUGAUGAUGUUUAUCCACCACCUAGCCACUGUAGGCCUGAUCAGCUUCUCCUAUGUCAACAACAUGCUGCGCGUGGGCAGCCUGGUCAUGUGCCUGCAUGAUGCCGCAGACAUCCUGCUGGAGGCUGCUAAGAUGGCUAUCUACGCGAAGUCCCAGUGGCUGAGUGACUUCCUGUUUACCGUGUUUGGGCUCGUCUUCUUCAGCACGAGACUCGUCAUCUACCCCGUUUGGAUCCUCCACACCACCCUGUUUGAGAGCUGGCAGAUGAUUGGUCCAUACCCGUCCUGGUGGCUCUUUAAUGGGCUGCUGCUGCUGCUGCAGGUUCUCCACGUGCUCUGGUUCUGGCUGAUCAUCCGCGUCUCCAUCAAAGCACUGAUCCGGGGAAAGGUGUCUAAGGAUGACCGCAGUGAUGUAGAGAGCAGCUCGGAGGAGGAAGACGGGGUGAGGUCGGGGGUUAGGGUGACCCCCAGAGGGAAGGGCUUGUCAUCCAAGAGUGAGAAUGACACCAAUGGUCACCUGACCUCCUCGCCAUGGCAACAGGGCCACUGAGAUGGGGAGACCACAGAGCGCAAAGGCGGAAAUGGCACCGGUGUGCACCCCAAAAAAAAAACCAUCCUCCCAAAUCCAGAACUCUUCCGUCCUAAUCCCACCCCCGUCCCAGAGAACACUGAAGGAGAGUAAGGGGAAGGCCCACAUAUCGCAGGACUUGGAUUUAGGGGUGAGAGCGGCCGGACAGACAGACACUGAAGGUGGACAGAUGUACUCUGAAGAUCCUGACUCUCUCCCCCUCACUCCCCUGACUGGAGCAUUCUGGGUUUUUUACUCUCUCUUCUUGAUCAUGCUGUGUUUGUUUUUUUAAGUGACUUUUAUUGUGAGACCAAACACUUUAUUAUUAAAAUGUUGAUUGCUUUGAGCAUAA